CGAUUUCUACCUGCCAGUAUUCGUCUCCGCAGUUCCGGGUUCCAGUAUCUGUCCACCCGCCGAGUCUCUUCCUCCCAGAUCCCCGGAAUGCGGGUCUUGGGUCCGAGAGCCCUCCUGCUGCUCUCGGGGGUCCUGGUCCUGACCGAGGCCCGGGCCGGCUCCCACUCCCUGAGGUAUUUCUACACCGCCGCGUCCCGGCCGGGCCUCGGGGAGCCCCGCUUCAUCACCGUCGGCUACGUGGACGACACGCAGUUCGUGCGGUUCGACAGCGACGCCCCGGAUCCAAGGAUAGAACCGCGGGCGCCGUGGGUGGAGCAGGAGGGGCCCGAGUAUUGGGAUCAGGAGACUCAGAGAACCAGAGACACCGCACAGUUUUUCCGAAUGAGCCUGAACACCCUGCGCGGCUACUACAACCAGAGCGAGGCCGAGUCUCACACCCUCCAGGAGAUGUAUGGCUGCGACGUGGGGCCGGACGGGCGCCUCCUCCGCGGGUAUGACCAGUUCGCCUACGACGGCAGAGAUUACAUCUCCCUGAAUGAGGACCUGCGCUCCUGGACCGCGGCGGAGACGGCGGCUCAGAUCUCCAAGCACAAUGCUGAGGCGGCCGGUGAUGCGGCGCGUGUGAGGAACUAUCUGGAGGGCAAGUGCGUGGAGUGGCUCCGCAGAUACCUAAAGACAGGAAACGACACGUUGCUGCGCGCAGACCCUCCAAAGGCACAUGUAAACCAUCACCCCAUCUCUGACCGUGAGGUCACCUUGAGGUGCUGGGCCCUGGGCUUCUAUCCCGAUGAGAUCUCACUGACCUGGCAGCGUGAUGGGGAGGACCAGACUCAGGACAUGGAGCUUGUGGAGACCAGGCCUUCAGGGGAUGGAACCUUCCAGAAGUGGGUGGCCCUAGUGGUGCCUUUUGGAGAGGAGCAGAGAUACACGUGUCAUGUGCAGCAUGAGGGGCUUCAGGAACCCCUCACCCUGAGAUGGGAACCUCCUCAGCCCUCCUUCCUCACCAUGGGCAUCAUUGUUGGCCUGGUUCUCCUAAUGUUUGCUGUGGUGACUGGAGCUGUGAUUUGGAGGAAGAAGAGCUCAGGUGAAAAAGGACGGAUCUACACCCAGGCUUCAAGCUGUGACAGUGUCCUGGGCUUUGAUGUGUCUCUCACGGUUCCUACAGUGUGAGACAGCUGCCUUGUGGGGACUGAGUGAUGCUUCAUCCCACUAGGUGACGUCAAAUCCCCAGACCCCUCUUUCUGAAGCUGCAUCUGAAUGUGUCUGUGCUCCUAUUAGCAUAACAUGAAGAGGUGGCGAGACUGCCGACCUCUUCCAAUGCAAAUUCCUGGAUUUAUAAAGCAAUGCCUAAUAGUCACAGCAGGUUGGAAUAUGUGACCUGUCAGCCUCUGAUCUUUCCUGAAGAGAAAAUAUCGUUAUGUGUAGAGUGCAGACUGGUUGGUGUGGGAGGGAGGGGUGAUCAGCUCUUGUGGGGAAAGUACAGGCUGCAUUGAUGUGAGUGAAUGCAUGUUGUUCUGUAGCUGCAACGAGAGAGCAAGUGGCCUGAGUUCACUUUAAUAAAGAUAGAAUACAGAGGCAUGUACAGUGAUCUUUCCUUAAUCUGAUAUUUGUUGUGUGCCAGAUAGAUGAUGCUCUAUUUUUGCAUCUGUGAAACCUCAGUAAACUAAAAACAGACACACUCUGUUGGCCUCGUGCCCUAUGUUCUGGUGAGAGGGGGCAGAGUGAGCCUAAUAAGUGAGGAAAGUGUCUGCCUAAGGAUUGGCAAGUUCUUUGAUGAAGGUGACCUAGAGUAUGUGUGUGGGUACAGGGAAGGUGGCUGUUUUACUAGGGUGUCAGUGUAGGCCUCGUUGAGGAGAUGAUAUCGGAGUAAAGAUGUGAAGGACGUGAGAGAAUGUCUACUAGGAUGUCUGCGGGAAGUUCUCUCCAGGCAGAGGAGCCUCCAGUGCAAAUGCAGGAGGGCAGGAGAGUGUAUGUGAUCAAGGAAGAGCCAGGAGGCAGGUGUGUGUGGAGGAACGAGGAAUUGAGAUGAGAUCCAGUGUCUGGCCAGGUCAUGUGGGCCUCCAGCAUAUUGGAAGGUGUCUGAUGUCUGUGAAAGAUGUGGACUCAUAAGAUGGUUUGAAUAGAAGAUGACCUGGUGUGACUGCUCGCUAGGAGCAUCAGUCUUAACUGCUGUGCAGAAUCAGAAGGUGAAGGGAGAGCGAUCCAGUAGAGGAGCCUGUAGGAUUAGUGCAGGGUCCAAGUGGGGAUGCUGGUGCUCCCUGGACCCUCAUUAAAUCUAGACAGUCGGGAGUAGAGCCUGAGAAUCUGCAUUUGUAAUAAGGUUGGUGCUGAUGCUGCUGGUCUCCAGGUCACACUUUUAGUAGCAGGAACAAAUGUAGACCAGGAUUCCCACAUGCUGUGUAUCAGCCUCACACACAGAGGUUGUUAAAUAAGCAAUCCCUUGGUCUUGUCCUAAUACUCUGAGAAGGUGGUUCUGGGGAGAGGCUGAACAUUUUAUAAGAAGCCCCACAAGCAAUUCUGAUGAUCAGCCAAUUUGGGAACCCCUGAGGUAUAUGAGAGCGAGUGGCCAGAGAGGGGACUUAAAUGCACAUUUAAAAGCGUAUUUUUUCUUCAGAAAGAAAAGGGAAUUUAUAUUGACAAUUCAUAUUGUCAAUUAUGAGGUGUGAUGUUGAGAAAUAAUGUAGUUCUUAUUCCACCUGAAGACUUAGGCAGUGGUUCAGAGUUCAGUGUAAUGAAAUCCUUGCUCUCUGAAACUAUUCUCCAGGUUGAGUUCUCCUCACUCAUUCUUGGAGCUAACAAUGGGAUCCAAAUUAAGUUAGACAUACACUACUAUAUAUAUGUAUGGCUCCAUGGGAACAGGACCCACAGUGUCCACUCCAGGCCAGAUCCCACAAAGGAACUUUCGCCCCCGCUGGGGCACAGUGUCACUGCUCACACAGUGAGCCCCUCGUGCUGGACGUGGACCCCACGCUGAGGACGGCUAUCACUGAGGCUCCUGACAACUGGAGGUGGUGUGACUCCCACUCUCAACACCCUUGUCAGAUGCAUCCUGCAUAGUUCCAGCUUCUCUCUGUCACAACGGCCUGAGUAGAGUCUGACAUGUGGUCACCUGAGUGCUGGGACUGAAGCUUUAUGCUGUGUCCUCUGGCAAGAGUAUUAGGGAAAGUGGGUUUUCUUCUUUAAUGGAGGAAGGUGGUCUCUGCCUCCUACCAAGACUCUUUCAGUGUGGAAUUCUCCUAAUCUAGAAAUGCUCCUAGUGAGGGGGAGAGAGGGAUGGACAAGAAUGUCAAAUUUCAAUUGUUAGAGCAAAGAUCUGGAACUGGAACUUGAUCUGGUACAAUGCAGGCUCUUGGGUUUGGCUGAAAGAACACGUGACUAAUAAAUGACAUCCAGGGUAGAGAUCUGCUUGCUUGCUUGUUUGUUUUGUUUUCAUUGGAGUGUAAUUGAUUUACAAUGCUGUGUCACUUUCUGCUGGACAAUAAAGUGAAUCAGCUGUAAAUAUA